CUCCGGGGUGGGCAAGACCUGCCUGCUGUGCCGCUUCACCGACAACGAGUUCCACUCCUCGCACAUCUCCACCAUCGGUGAAGAAACAGCAUAGAGAGAUUAAGAAGCUUUCCUGAGAACACACAGGAAGCUGUUAUUCUGCAGAGGGAUGAGAGAACGACCUCCUACUAUGCGCACGACCUCCUACUAUGUGCACGUGCUUCACAUCCACUGCCUAAUUCGUAUCCCACAACAGCUCUUAGGAGGCCAGUGGUAUUGUCAUUCUACAGUGUCCUCCUGCCCGGCUGAGCCGGGGACCCACAGCUCAAGGACCUACAGAGAAACCAGCGUGGAUUUUAAGAUGAAGACCAUAGAGGUAGAUGGCAUCAAAGUGCGGAUACAGAUUUGGGACACAGCGGGGCAGGAGAGAUAUCAGACCAUCACAAAGCAGUACUAUCGACGGGCCCAGGGGAUAUUUUUAGUCUACGACAUUAGCAGCGAGCGCUCUUACCAGCACAUCAUGAAGUGGGUCAGUGAUGUGGAUGAGUAUGCACCGGAAGGUGUCCAGAAGAUCCUCAUAGGGAAUAAGGCCGAUGAAGAGCAGAAGCGGCAGGUGGGAAGAGAGCAAGGGCAGCAGCUGGCUAAAGAGUACGGCAUGGACUUCUAUGAAACAAGUGCCUGCACCAACCUCAACAUUAAAGAGUCUUUCACGCGGUUGACAGAGCUGGUGCUGCAGGCCCACAGGAAGGAGCUGGAUGGUCUCCGGACACGUGCCAGCAAUGAGUUGGCAUUGGCCGAGCUGGAGGAGGAUGAGGGCAAACCUGAGGGCCCAGCGAACUCUUCCAAAACCUGCUGGUGCUGAGGGUCCUGCGUGGAGCAGCCGCCAAUCCCCCUCCCCUCAGGAGGCCUGUGGCAGACAGGGAGUCCGGGCUUUGCCCUGCUUCUCCUCUCACUCGGGUGACCCUGUGGAAUACCAGUAGCUGCUACUCCCCUGCCUGGCCCUGAGAGCAGCCCCGCUGUCAUCUUUGAGCAGCCUCUGCCCCCAGCCCCUCCAGCCUGGAGUGGCUCCCUUCAGCCUGUUUCCCUGCCACGGGCCUGCUAUGAGCCCCCAGUACGCUACGGGCACUGUCUCACCGCCCCGAGCUCCCCGGACAGUGGCCCAGUCUGGAGUAAGGCCACUUUAAGGCCCCUUCUUUCUCAGUGCAUCUUGCCUCCUCUCUGCUUUUUCUCUCUUCCUCCCACUUCUCUUUCUUGUCCCCUUCCCCUCCAGUGUGUUUUGUAUCAAAGCCCCUCACACCUCUUUCCCUGUAUGUCUUCCUGUGUGGCUGCUGGUGCAGCUUCUUUCUUUCCUUUCUCCCUAACCCUGUCCAAGGGAAUGGACUCAGGCUCAUGGGGAUGUUCCAUAUUCUUCUUCUGGGAGAACCCCCCCUGCUUUGUGAAGGGGCCAAAGCCUACAGGGUACUUCUUCCUAUCUUCCCUCCCCACCGUCGCUUCUCAUGCCAUGGGCCUGCCUCACCAAUGGUCUGGGGAAAUGUACAUCAAGGCAGGAAGGAGACGCCAACCUGGUGGUCCUCAAGACUGGGGCUGUCCCACCUUUCCCUGCCUGCCCCCCCGCCCCCCAGCUUGGGCCUUGCUUGGCCGCCUGCCCACCUGCCUCUUGGGGGAAGUGAGCUCAGAAGCAGGUGCUUCAGAGAAGAAAACAAAAUGUUGUGGGGAGGCAGGGAUAAAAAGUCACCUCCGUUCUCUACCUCCCGUGCCCCUUGUACGCAGUUUCUCCCCACCUGGGCUCCUGAAUUUAAAGACAUGCACCGAGGCCUCAGGGCACUGCAGGGGCAAGGAAAGCGGGGGGCCAGCGAUAUUGACAAGCAAACCACACACCCCCAGAAAGAGGAGUGCCUGGAGAUGAAGGUCUAGCCCCUAUAUAUCAGGUUAAAGCAAGGGGGAGGAGGCCAGAGACGGCAUUGUGCACACCAGAGGGGAAUAUGGCAGGAGCAGGGCUCCCUGGGCCCCGGCUUCCCUUUCUGUGUAAGAAGGGCCUUUCCCCGCAACCCCCUGGCAAGUAAGAGGGGACAUAACCACCCAACCCAGCCUUCAGCUCUCAAGGUUUUGCUGAGACUCAAAGUCUGUGGGAGAAGAGCUGUGACUUCAUGGGGAGAGAGAAAGGAGGCCCUGGGUAGAAAUGCUUGGUGCUGUUCUCUUCGGCCUUCCAGACAAAGUGCUCCUCUUGCCCCUCUAGCUCCUGGAACAGGAGCCACCGGCACUGUGGCUACAGGAGGAGGGAAGUGGACUCCCUCCUCCAGAGCUCUUCAUUCAGGAAGAAGUUCCUUUAACCCCACAUGGCCCAAGAGUGGCUUGAAGGAGGUGCUUUAAAGAAGGAACAAGUCAGUUAGCAGCCCUAGUAGGGUUCCUCCCCACCUUCCCGAGGAGGAGGUUCAUUCUUAAGCUACAUAUUAGCAGCAUCACAUGGCUAGGGCUGGAGCUAAGACAACACUGAACAUUCAUCAACUAAGGACCAAAGUUCAGGGCACACACAGGUGAAGGAUUAAGAGCCCCACUUCCUUAUGCCUCCCCCCCAAAAAAAAAAAAAAAAAAAAAAGUGGGGAAGAAAUGACCAAACCUUUCCUUCUGACUCUUAUCAGAGUAGGAGAGGGUAGCUCAGGAUGUAGGGACAGGGAUAGGUUAACCGUAGUGGAAGGAAAAGGAGGGCAGGAAUAGUUAUAAAUUGUUAGCUGAUGAGAAAUUUAGAUAAAGACUCUUUAGGAUGAAGUCCUGACUAUGGCUGGGAUGCUUUCUUGAGGACUGACUCCUCAGGUGUUAGACACAGCAUCACACUGGGGGCAGGGAGAUGGUUAUGCCAACCCACAGUGUGCCCUCUGCCAGGGACUUCAGGGCACUGGCUCCAACCUGGAUCAGUAUUGCAGCUUUCCCUGAGGAUCAGGCAGAGCACCAUUGCCUUUCUCUCCUAGCCCCCUUGGGACAGAGGGACUAUAUUUUUACUGUACACUAGGGGUUCUGGAAGGGAAAGCAUAGGGUGGAGAUUCUAUGAACUGAUGAGCCCCAUCCCCAAGGGCCACAGCUGGGGAGAGGUAUGGGAGCCAGAGGGUUGAACUUUUAGGGUGCAGCUUUGCUCACAAGGAAUUGGGAGUCGGCAUCUCACCCCUAAACUUCUCCAGUCCAAGAGGUGGCCUGGGAUCUGGCAUCAGGCCCAGAGUUUUGCACAGGUACUUCUGCCUGUUUACUUACCACCUCUGCAUCUGCUGUCUUGAGAUUCAGCCCAGCCCCAGGCAUUUCCACCUGCUCCAGAGCCCCCACCAUCUCCCUGUGACGGGUGAACUUUGUGUACUGUGUCUCAGAACCAAUAUAUGACUUGUGAGCAGGGUUCAUCUAUUUUAAACACAGAUGUUUACAAAAUAAAGAAUAUUUCAAACCAGAGGUAUGGCUGCCUGUAUGAGCCCCCGGGAGUAGUUUUCACCUGACCCUGUCAGAUAAGGGGGAGAGGGAGAGGCAGUGCCAGUAAAAGAGGCUCCAGAACCGUAUAAAGCAACAGUAGUAGAAUGACAAUGGAAGCAGCAGACCGUCAUCUUCCUUAUUGUACCUUUCCUGAUGCCACCUGCCGGGGAGCCCAGCCAUACCCGCAAUGCUCUCUAGUGGGCCUACAGUGCAGAAAGAAGAUUGAGUCACUGGGAGGAUGCUGAAUAUCUAUGUCUGAAGGAGCCUUUAAAGCCAAGAACGUUCUCCUCUGUAUGGGAUGGACAGGAACAAGCCUUCCUGAAAGCAUGAGGAGGGAUUAAGUAAUCUUUCAGAAGUUUGUCCUAGUCCUGUGAUUGGAUACUCCAAGGAAGCAAGGCAGACUGUGAUCUUGGGGACCUGGGGGUGCCAAAUACUAUACUUUGGGGCACACAAUUG